AUGUCAACUUUCGAAGCUCACAGGAAACUGAAGCGCCCCCGUCAUGAUGAUAAUGAAUCUAUGUCAGCGGGCAGGGUUUCUGGUGUUCAUUACAGUGAUGCACAAGUGAAGCGCGAACAAAGUCCGUCGCCUCCGCCUCCACAACGGAAGUUGGUCACGUCCGGGACAAAGCGCUUUGCCCCCUUCCCCUCAAAUUGUUUGCCUCCAUAUCUUGGGUACAAGCGGCAUCGAAAGAUAUGGGCCAAAAAGUGUCAAAGUGAAAUUGAAGCUCUGAAACUUCAAACGGAGAAGUUGCUCAUCAGAGACGAUGGCAUCAUAGUUGACUGGAAGAGCUCUGUUCCAGUUUGGUCAGACACGUUGCAACCAGCAGAGCUUGAUCUUGCUGCUACGAUCAUACUUGCACAUCAGGCAAAUGCCCAACAGCACAAUUCUUCUCUCCACCACACACCAGAAACCCCCUCUCAAUCGACUGUACCACAGCCGGUCAUUGUUGUCGAUGAUGAUGAUGAUGUUCUUACAGUAUCCCCCUCCCCACAAAAACUCCCCAUCCCACCUCGGCCACGGAGGAAUGUAGCAUCGCCAUCUGUAUUAUCCUCUCCCGCGGGAGGCUCUAACUCUCAGGCACCCCCAAAGCCCGAUCCUCCAUCUGCGGAUGUUCCCGCUCCAUCCAGGCCUCCGAACGACUUUCCGACGAUCAUGAUAGUACCCGAUGAAGAGGAAAAAAUGUCAAAAAUGUCGAUGGAAUAUCUUGAAAGAUACUUCCAAACGUUCGAUUCGGAUCGUGCCAGUCUUGCUUCUGCAUAUUCUAGCAACGCGUGCUUCUCGUAUCGAGAAGUCAAUUGCUUCUCUCCUGGGUUGCUCCACUUGCAACCCCCGUUACCUUCAUCUGACUCUAUCAAACGUACCCGGCUCGACAUUACCGCAGCCCUCCUUUCCCUUCCCCCUUUGCAGCUCUUGCCGUUGACUGGAUUGGCAGCAGACAUCGACUACGACAUUAUGUGGCUUGGUUCCCCCGUUGGAGUGUUCGCCAUAUGUGGGUGUGUCCAUCAUGGGCACGCGUCAAAGCGACCGGUGACACAUAGCUUUUUGUUGCGCCAAAAGGAGGCAUACGAAGAAGAUGCAAGGGCUGAUGGCGUGUGGCCACUCGUUGCUGUGGCACAUCAGAUGAUGAUAUUUGAUGGUCCGGAGAUAUAG